GCCAAACCUCGCCAGCCCUGCAAGCAGCACAGUUCUUCUAUCAUGGUUGACAACAUCGUCACAAAGCCUCUUGGGUUAGUUGUGAUCAUCGCAGCUCACAUGGUAUUCAAUGGCCCUAGCCGAGCUGAGGUCACUGGGCUCCUCAGUAACAACAUCACCCUUCAAUUCCCAUUUAAUGUCAGCAUCUCAAAUAACAGUCAUUUUGCAGUUUAUAUAGAUAGCAAAAAGAUUGCUGAGUAUCGACAGGGCGACAGGACAGGAGUUUUUGAUGUUUACAGCAAAAAUACUACUGUAUUUUACCACAUUACAAAUCUCAACCUAAAUGACAGUGGAUAUUAUUGGGCCAGUUUGUUUAAAGAAGGAUAUGCUGAAGAAAGUGACAAGGUGCAGCUGAUCGUCAGAGAGGAGAACAGAAGCAGCACGGUUCCUCCAGAGCUGAAUAACAACACAACACCUGAAAACAGUGAAAGGCCCAGUUUCUCUCACAUCAUCACUGUGUUUGUGGUUUCACCUGUCGUUCUGCUGGCUGCAAUAUUUCCCUGGUUGAUAUGGUGUCUUGUGAGAACACAAGACAAAGACCAACCACCACCACAGCAAACCUCUAAUCACACAGUACAAGAAAUAGUUGAGGUGUCCAACAAUGUGCCUGCACCCUCAGUGGUCUACAGCGUCCUGGACUUUCCCAAAAGACCUUCGGCAGUUUUGGAAAUAAAUCCAAAUGAUACAGAGUACGCUGCUGUCAGUUAUCUCCCAGAAAAGAUGUGAGUGUGACGUGCCACUGAAUGUAAACCAGCUGGUCUUUUCUUUGGUU